ACUGAAGGAAUUUUUUUAUUUUGCUUGAUUUGCCAUUUAUUUCUACUAAAGAUGGCGGGGACGUUUCCUACUCUCAGUGGAAGUCCCCCCCACCCCAUCCUAUUUUCAGGGCGGAAGAAGCCCAAUAUUCAGUUCAGUUAUAGUGGUUGUAAUAUCUGGGGUUUUUUAAAUUAAAAAAAAUACUUAUUUAUUUAUUUAUUAUUGAAUUUAUAUACCGCCCUAUACCCAGAGGUCUCAGGGCGGUUCACAGAAAAGAUCACAAUACAGUAUAUAAAAUAAAAAUAAAAACAAUAACCCAAUAACGCCCCCUCCAAAGAGCCACAUUUUAAAAGGCAGUAUAGGAUGUCCAUCAGGUCAACCAAAGGCCUCGUUAAAAAGGAACGUUUUUUUUGCCCGACGCCUAAAGGUGUAUAUUGAAGGCGCCAGGCGAACUUCCCUGGGGAGAGCAUUCCACAGACGGGGAGCCACUGCAGAGAAGGCCCGUUCUCAUGUUGCCACCCUCUAAACCUUUCAAGGAAGGAGGCACACGAGAAGGAUGGCCUCAGAAGAUGAUCUCAGGGUCUGGGUAGGUUCAUAUGGAAAGAGGCGGUCCUUGAGAUAUUGCAGUCCUGAGCAGUUUAUUAGGAUUAAGAGUUUCAAAACAAAUAUUUUGUAAGUGCAUUAACGGAAUGACAAACACAAGGCCGUAACAGUUGCUGAUAACAGAGGACUGUGGAAUUGUAGAGUUAGAAGGGACCCCAAGGUCCUCUAGUCCAACCUCCUGCAACGCAGGAAUCUUAGCUUAAUCAUAGAAGACAGGUGCCCAUCCAGUCUCUGCUUAAAAACCUCCAAAGAAUGAGAGUCUACUACCCCCUGCGGGAGUCCGUUCCACUGUCUAGCAGCUCAUGACUGUCAGAAAGUUCUUUCUGAUGUUCAGUCAGAAUCUCCUUUUUUAUAAUUUGAAACCAUUAGUUCGGGUUCUAGCCUCCAGAGCAGAAGAAAACAAGCUUGCUCUAUCUUCCAUAGGACAGCCCUUAGGCAGCUGAAGGUGGUUUUCAUAACUCCGCUUGGUCUCCGCUAAACAUACCCAGCUCCUUCAACCGAUCCCCAUAAGGCUUGGUUUCCACACCCUAUUUAUCAUCUUGGUUGCCCUCAUUUGCUUACAUUCCAGCUUGUCAAUAUCCUUCUUAAACUAUGGCACCCAGAACUGGACUCAGUACUCCAGAUGUGGUCUGGCAAAGGCAGAAUAGAAAGGGACCAGAGCUUAUCCAAAAAGCCAAUGGGCUCCAUGGCUUUAUGAACUGGUCACGAAACCUGCUCACGGACAGCGGUGGGUUCCAGAUGGUCUCUCUGGUGGAGCUGUCUAAGGUGACAGAGGAGGGAGUGUGCUUCCGUUCCCCUUAUGAUGGCAAGGAGAUUCUGCUGACUCCAGAGAAAUCCAUUGAAAUACAAAAUGCUCUUGGCUCUGACAUCAUGAUGCAGUUAGAUGAUGUAGUCAGCAGCACGGUUAGCGGCCCCCGGGUAGAAGAAGCCAUGUUCAGGUCCAUUCGCUGGCUGGACAGAUGUAUUGCAGCACAUACCAAGCCUGGCCAGCAGAAUUUAUUUGCUAUUAUCCAGGGUGGACUGGAUCCUUCCCUCCGAUCUAAGUGUCUGGAAGAAAUGACUAAACGAGACGUGCCGGGCUUUGCCAUUGGGGGCCUGAGUGGUGGUGAAGCCAAAGAUCACUUCUGGAGGAUGGUAGAUCUCAGUACGAAUCAUCUCCCCAGGAACAAGCCUCGCUAUCUCAUGGGAGUGGGUUAUGCUACAGACCUGGUGGUGUGUGUGGCUCUGGGCUGCGAUAUGUUUGACUGUGUCUUCCCUACGAGGACUGCACGCUUUGGUUCAGCUUUGGUCCCCUGGGGCUCCCUGCAGCUGAAGAACAAGCAAUAUGCCAAGGAUUUUCGCCCCAUUGAUGAGAACUGUGAUUGCCCCACAUGCCAGAGGUACAGCCGAGCAUUCUUGAAUGCUCUCUUCCGGAGCGACACAGCUGCCAUGCACCAUGUUACUGUGCAUAAUAUUGCAUACCAGCUGAACCUGAUGCAUUCAAUCCGGGAGAGUAUCAUUGAACAGAGGUUCCCACAGUUUGUUCAGGACUUCAUGAAGACCAUGUAUGGCAGUUUCAGCAGCUACCCACAGUGGGCCAUAGAUGCUCUGGCCUCUGUUGGAAUCAUCCUGGAGUGAGAGGGAUACAAUUGUGCUGCCAGUGUCACCAAGCAAGCAAAAUCCAACUUGGAGCCCAGCAUCUGUCCCCUGGAUCCAGGUCUCAUAGCUGUGCCAGUUUUCUUUUGAGAGCAGUGCUCUAGGUGUUUGCAGCACUGAAUACCUCUUUCUAUUCAAGGAGUGCUUGGGAAGAAUCCGAGGAGCCGGCGGUUUUUAUUGCAAUGGUCAAAAUCUUCAAUGCAGAGUCUUCAUGGUUAAACUGGAGCUACCUUGAAAGUUCCUUAUUUUUAUAUUUUUAGUAUGUGAAAAAUCCUAUUUUUUAUUUGCAUUUUUACAUGAUUCCUCUGAAUCGUGAAAAUAUGUUUGUGGAGCUGGCAGAUUGAGCAGAGCUGUCCACGUUACGCAGAUUCUUGGAGAAGCAAUUCCUGUUCUGUGCCCAAAUAAAAGUCUACAACACAAAA